AUGGGUGUCUACCGUAUUCGCGUCUCCACCGGGGACUCCGUGUAUGCGGGCUCCAACAACGAGGUCUACCUGUGGUUGAUUGGACAGCAUGGGGAGGCAUCUCUCGGAAAGCUGUUCCGACCCUGUCGGAACUCGGAGGCAGAAUUCAAGGUGGAUGUGUCAGAAUACCUUGGGCCACUGCUGUUCGUGAGAGUGCAGAAAUGGCAUUAUCUCAAAGAGGACGCCUGGUUCUGCAACUGGAUUUCUGUGAAGGGCCCUGGAGACCAGGGAUCAGAGUACAUGUUCCCCUGUUACCGGUGGGUUCAGGGCACCAGCAUCCUGAACCUCCCUGAGGGCACUGGCUGCACCGUGGUUGAAGACUCUCAAGGCCUGUUCAGGAAUCAUAGGGAAGAGGAACUGGAAGAAAGGAGGAGUCUGUACAGGUGGGGCAACUGGAAGGAUGGCUCAAUCCUGAACGUGGCAGCGACCAGUAUCUCUGACCUCCCUGUAGACCAGCGAUUUCGAGAGGACAAAAGACUUGAAUUUGAAGCUUCACAGGUUCUGGGGAAAAUGGACACCGUUAUUAACUUCCCUAAAAACACUGUGACCUGCUGGAAAAGCCUAGAUGACUUCAACUAUGUUUUCAAGAGUGGCCACACCAAGAUGGCUGAGCGGGUACGAAACUCCUGGAAAGAGGAUGCAUUCUUUGGGUACCAGUUUCUCAAUGGUGCUAACCCCAUGGUGCUGAAGCGGUCUACUUGUCUUCCUGCCCGCCUGGUAUUUCCUCCAGGGAUGGAGAAGCUACAGGCCCAGCUGGAUGAGGAGCUCAAGAAAGGCACUCUGUUUGAAGCGGAUUUCUUCCUUCUGGAUGGGAUCAAGGCCAAUGUCAUCCUUUGUAGUCAGCAGUACCUGGCUGCCCCCCUCGUCAUGCUGAAGCUACAGCCCGAUGGGCAACUCUUGCCUAUAGCCAUCCAGCUCGAACUGCCCAAAACUGGGUCUACCCCACCACCGAUUUUCACGCCCUCGGAUCCCCCAGUGGACUGGCUCCUGGCCAAAUGCUGGGUCCGAAGCUCCGACUUACAGCUUCACGAGCUACAGGCUCAUCUUCUGAGGGGACACUUGAUGGCUGAGGUCUUCGCUGUGGCCACCAUGAGGUGCCUGCCUUCCGUGCACCCUGUUUUUAAGCUUCUAGUUCCUCACCUACUCUACACCAUGGAAAUCAAUGUCCGGGCCAGGAGCGACCUGAUCUCAGAGAGAGGCUUUUUUGACAAGGCGAUGAGCACAGGUGGAGGAGGCCACCUGGAUCUUCUCAAGCAAGCUGGAGCCUUCCUGACCUACAGCUCAUUGUGUCCCCCUGAUGACUUGGCUGAGCGAGGACUCCUGGAUAUUGACACUUGCUUCUAUGCUAAAGAUGCCCUGCAGCUCUGGCAAAUCAUGAAUCGGUACGUGGUGGGAAUGUUCGAUCUCCACUACAAGACCGACCAAGCUGUUCAAGAUGACUAUGAACUGCAGAGCUGGUGUCAAGAGAUCACUGAGAUUGGGUUGCAAGGUGCCCAGGACAGAGGCUUCCCCACCUCCCUCCAGUCCCGGGCUCAGGCUUGCCACUUCAUCACCAUGUGCAUCUUCACAUGCACUGCGCAGCACUCUUCCAUCCAUCUUGGCCAGCUGGAUUGGUUCUACUGGGUUCCUAAUGCACCCUGCACCAUGCGGCUGCCACCACCUACCACCAAGGACGCGACGAUGGAGAAGCUGAUGGCGACGCUGCCAAAUCCUAAUCAGUCUACUCUCCAGAUAAAUGUCGUUUGGCUCCUGGGCAGACGCCAGGCUGUUAUGGUGCCCCUGGGCCAGCAUUCAGAGGAACACUUCCCAAACCCUGAGGCCAAAGCUGUCCUGAAGAAGUUCAGAGAGGAGCUAGCUGCCUUGGAUAAGGAAAUUGAGAUUCGUAACAAGAGCUUGGACAUACCUUAUGAGUACCUGCGGCCCAGCCUGGUGGAAAACAGCGUGGCCAUAUGA